AUGGAGUCAGUGCACAACAUCCUCGCAUCAGCGCGUGCAGCACCCUACGGAAAUCUCCUCCCAGCCGGGGAUGAGAUGUUCCUCUCCGUCGCCAAAGCGGUCCAAGACCACAUGAAGAACUACGAUGCCUCGCAUGACUUUUUCCACAUUCUCCGGGUUUUGGCUCUAUCCCAAAACAUUCUAUCCGCAGAGUACAAUGCUAGGAGCCUUACUAAUGGUGUUCAAACCUCCUACGACCCUACCGUGGUCCUCCUCAGCGCUCUUCUCCACGAUGUGAACGAUAAGAAAUAUGCCCCACCAGCUAUCGAAGGUCAACAACAGACCUCCAAGGUGACUCUUGUGUUGCAGCAGGCCGGAGCUUCAGCUGCCCUAAUCGAUCAGGUGGAAGAGGUGGUCAAUCACGUUUCGUACUCCACUGAGGUCAAGGAUCCAGAGAAGGUGCGCUUGGCUGUGCAGCAACACCCUGAACUUGCCAUCGUACAGGAUGCGGAUCGUAUUGAUGCCAUUGGAGCCAUUGGAAUUGGGAGGACCUUUACCUUUACGGGAGCCAAGUUGGCUGGAGCUAGUAUGCAGAAUUCGAGAGAGCAUAUUGAUGAGAAGCUGGAGAAGUUGGAGGGGAUGAUGAAGACUGGCACUGGUAGACAGAUGGCUAGGGACCGUACGGAGAGGUUGACCAUUUUCAAGAAGUGGUGGGAUGAAGAGACGAGGAUGGUGGGUGUCUAA